AUGCAGAUCCUAUCUACCCUUUCUGUCCUGGCCGGACUCAUGUCGUUUGGCAGUUGUCAAUCGAUCACCAAAGUCAAUGGCUUCAGAGGCACUCCCACGAAUCUAGGCAUGUAUGUCUACGUGCCGUCGAACCUCAAGACGCCCGCCCCAAUUAUCGUCGCAGUACACCAUUGCCAGGGAUCAGCUCAGCAAUACUCUUCGGAAUCUGGUCUUAUGCCGCUGGCUAGCCAGCGUGGCUUCAUUGUCAUCUUCCCUAACUCGAAGUCUGGUGGUGGCUGCUUCGAUGUAGCCUCAACUGCAUCUCUUACACACAAUGGCGGAGGUGAUAGCCAGACCAUCGCAAAUAUGGUCACAUACGCUGUUCAAAACUACGGCGGGGAUGCUAGCCGCGUUUUCGUAACUGGCACCAGCUCCGGCGCCAUGAUGACCAACGUGCUAGUCGGAGCCUACCCAGAAGUUUUCAAGGCCGGCUCGGUAUACUCCGGCGUACCAGACGGAUGCUUCUACGUCUCCGGCUCGACCGCCACCCAAGACCCCCCAGGAUGGAACAACCAAUGCGCCAACGGGCAGCUGUCGAAGACGGCAGCGCAAUGGGGAGAUAUGGUCCGCUCUUACUACCCUGGCUACAACGGCACUCGCCCAAGGAUGCAGAUCUGGCACGGUACUGCUGACAACACUCUUCGUUACCCCAACUAUGCCGAGACAAUGAAGCAAUGGUCAAACGUCUUUGGGUUGACUACGUCAAAGGCCACCUCCAACUCACCCCAGUCAGGGUAUACCAUGACCAUCUAUGGCGAGGGCACUGCGACAACAGCGCAACUGGUCGGGUACAGCGCCAACGGAGUAGGCCACAGCGUUCCCAUCCACGCCACCGUGGAUAUGGCCUUUUUUGGAAUUUAG